AUGUCUUAUACCCCCAUUCCAUCAAUCAAAGUAGUUAAGAAAUGGAAGCAAGCUAAUGUUGUUGAUUUUUUGAAAGAGAAAAAAGAAGAGUUAGAACUUGAAAAUGAGGAUAUCCAGAUAAUUGAUAAAAAUAGGGUUAACGGUCGUGCCUUCCUUGAGUUAAGUCAAGAAGAUGGAAAAUGCCAGCAUGAGAAAAAAAGGAAGACAAAGGAAGAACUUACGAUCACUAAGCCGAAUAAAAGGAGAUGGGAAGUAAAUGGUGCCAUUGAACCAAGUAUAGUUCACUCUGUAUACUUCGUAAAUCCAACUGAAGAGAGUCGUCCACUUCUUGAGAAGAUUCAUGAAGGUCAAUUUGUGGCUCUACAUGGAGCUAGAGCAUCUGGCAAGUCUACGCGGGUACACCAAAUUCAGAAGCAGUUGAACAACGAAGGCUAUAUUUGCAUUUAUGUAUCUCUUGAACAGAUUAACAUUAAAAGCGUAGACAAUUUCUGGGAGACAUUUGGCACUCAAAUUCAUCUUGAUGCUUCCAAAUACAUUAAAUUCAAUAGCAUCAAGUCUGCUAAUGAUUUCAAUAUAGUGUUUCAGAAGAGCAAAUGUGAGAAUCGUGUUGUUAUAUUCAUUGAUGAGUUUGAUAUGUUGUAUAAUGCAACGGAAGAUGUUCUCUCUUCGUGUCUAAAUACCAUCCGUGGCAUUAAAGGAACAAAGAAAAAUUGUGCUAUCUGGUCUGUUGUUGCCAUCGGACCCUUCAGUAUCCUGUAUUUGAACUCGAAUAAUUUGACCACGUCACCAUUCAACGUUAAUGAAUCGUUUCAAAACCCAAAUUUCACUCUGGAACAAGUGCAGUUCCUAUACAAGCAGUUUGCGGACGAAUUUAAACUGACUAUUGACCAUGAGGUUAUUGAUGACAUGUAUGCGCAGACAAACGGAAAGCUAUUCCCAGUACUAGAAAAUGGAACGCAACUUAGCUUCGAGAUAUGGGAAUGUUUUACUGCUUUCUUACUCGGAAAUGAGAUUUUAGAAUAUUCUACGUUUAUAAGGAUGAAGGAGUCCCUUCUGAAAGAUGAUACCAAUACUAGGCGUGCUGUGAAUCUCAUCCGAUCCGAUUUCUUGGUAAAUAAUGAUCCUAUAUACGUUGCUGAGAACAAAAAGGAUCUAGCAUUGUUCCUCACAGCCGAAGGAGUUCUGAUUCCUGGAGAAGAUGCUGGGACAUUUAAGAUUUCUUCGCCUUUGUUAGCACGUGUGCUGGUUAAUAAUGCAAAUAAUCAAGAAGUCAGAGAAUCAGUGUAUGAUGCAGAACUUUACCAGAUCAUGUCAAAUUGGCUUGGUAGAUUUAGAGUAACGGGACAAUGGCAUCUAAAAUAUUGUGCUAGUGGGCAUAUUAAUAAUAAAUAUGUUGACAUAGUCAUCUCACGAUCUGAUCACCCAAAAAUUGUGUUCGAAUUUUUAGCUACGGCAACAAAAAAAGAGCUUAAGGAACAUUAUGAACGGGCACUCAUAUAUGACAAGAAACUACCUGCAGAUGAAACAUGGAUUGUUCAUUUCACCUAUGAAGAAAACGCCAUUUCGGAGCCAUGCUAG